AUGGAAGGAUUGAUCCCAUUUCUGAUGCAUGCCAUGAAGAAACAACGGCCUCAAAAUAAUUACAGGUCUCGAUCCGUCGGUUCCACCCGCAGCUACCAUGUCCUCGUCGGAGCUGACGCGACGGUGGAUAACUCCUCCCACCGCCGUACCAGAUCGGAGUUUCAUUCACCGACGAAUGAAUUUAUGGAACAGAGAUCUGGAUUUGGUUGUAUUCCUCAAGCAAAGAGCUACAAGCGAAGUUCUACUACAGGUUUAACUCCAAAGUCAUAUCAAGGUUCAAAUCCCUAA